CUUGGAAUCAAUCGAGGUCGCGACAUAUCUCUUGCCAGCCUCUCUUUGAUGCUCUUUUCUUUUGUUUUCUCCGCAGAAAGGGGUGUCCCCAUGGAUGGGAGGGACCAAGAGCCGGUAGAUGGCCGCACCCGCCAGGCAUCCCCUCCGGGGGAGAAGCCAUUCCCUUUCCCGGCGUGGGAGGAGAGCUCAGGAGACGAGAACGGGUUGGUCAUCCAUAGCCAGGUGGAGGAAGAGGAGCACAAAUGCGCCAUGUGCGGCGAGAGCUUCAGCCAGCCGCUGGGCCUGCUGCGCCACCAGAAGCAGCAACACGCCGGCGAGCGGGCCUUCGUGUGUCCUGAGUGUGGCCGGGGCUUCAGCCUCAAACAUAAUCUUAUCAUACACCAGCGCAUCCACACUGGCGAGAAGCCCUUUGCCUGCAGCGUCUGCGGGAAGCGCUUCAGCCUCAAGCAGAACCUGAUCACCCACCAGCGGGUGCAUGGUGGCCCGGCCCGCCGCCCGUUCGCCUGCCCCGCCUGCGGGAAGCACUUCCGGGAAGAACGGCUGCUCGCUGCUCACCAGAAAAGAGACUGCGAGCCGCAGCAGGAGCGGCAGGACAGCCCGGGAGACCAAACGGGAUGCGUUGCUGAGGAGGGCGAGGAGGAUUUUGUACGCCGCCGGCUCCGGGUAAAGCAUCAAGAGAAGCCCCCGCAAACCCGCGCUGCCUUUGCCCGCCGGGGUUCUGGGGAACCUUUGAGGGGGCGAAGCGGACUCACUGGCUCGCCGAGGACUCAGCAAGCCAAGGAGGAGAGCCCCAAAGCCCCGAAGACGAGGCUCCGCAGGGGGGACCACCCCUUCCAGUGCCUGACAUGCGGGAAGACCUUUUCGCAGAAAGGCAACCUGGCGGCACAUCAUCGGAGCCACCGCGAACAGGAGAGCCUCAGUUGAGGGCGGGACUGAGAGGGUGUCCUGCAGCGGUUGAGCGAUCGAAGUGGUGAUGGGGCAGCGAGCUUGAAACGGGACCAAGAGCAGGCGGACAAGAGGAAACUACAGCCCCUCCCCCUCCUGGAUCGCUCAUGGAACAUACUGGAAACAACCUCUUGACGUUCUUCAUCGUCCCUUUCCACGUACUGUAUUGGGACCAUGAACUGACACAAAACUAGAAGACACAGGGUGCUUUCCAUUUUUCUGCAUUUUUGUAUUUACCUUUUCCUUUUUUCUUUUGAUCCAUUUAUCUCCCCACCGGGUCCUGGAUCGAGUCCCACCUCCCCCUCCUUCCACAUGUUGCAUUCCGUUUUUUGUCCCUUUCUGAGGGGAAAAACCGUUUCUUCCAAAUCUGCAGAACGCUGACCAGAGCCGAAUCGCACUGAGGGGGGAGUAGAGUCAGAGCUGUGCCAAAGAGUCCAGGCCGCAGGGGGGAAAAAAAAAUAGGAGGCUCAGGAUAGCCAUUGGAUCAGCCGGCUCUGAGUUUGCAAUGGCAAGCCUCCUUGGAAGCCAUUCCCGGUGGAUUUGAACCCGAGAUCUACAGUGUGACGUGCUCGAGGACCGUUAGAAAUACUUCCGUUAACAACUACGUCAUGGAACUAGCUGGAACGUGCUGGCAACUUUGGGCCUCAAGAAUCUUACCGCAGAACAGAGGAACCCACCCAACAGAAAGUUACUCGGCGCUCCCUACUCGGCGCGGCAGUACGGUACUGUCACCGGCAUCAGUCUGGCAAAGAGAGGUCCCUUGGAAGAUCGGCAUCCGUGGAAACCAGGGAGGGAAACUCCCAAUUUGGAGGGGUUAUGUUUCCAGUGACCCCCUUCCCUUUCCCUGUGGAGAAGACCCCCCCCUCCCCGCUCUGCUUCCUGUCGCUGUCCAGCUGGGCCUCAGUUCUCGUUGCUGUGGCCUCGGCGUGUCCCUGCUGCUUGGUGGCGUUUUUGUCGUUCCUGUUGACUGUUACCAAGUUCGGCCUGUUUUAGAGGCUUUUUCAAGCACUCCUGGUUGAGCUGGACCUGUUGAACUACGGCAGAGUCCGCUGCCUUGCCUCCAGGGAGAGAGUCGGGUGUGCACGCGACUGCGGUAUACGAAGGUCUCCGAGCGGAGGGGUGAGAGAAGCAGGUCUCACCAUGCGGGGGUGGGGGGUGCAGGACAAAGGCUGGCUGGGCUCGCUCCUUCCUGCCCUCUUUCCCCCGUUCUCCC